AUGGGUGCUUGUUUUUCUUGCAGAUCAUCACCGGCAUUGGAAGGCAUAAGAGUGGUUCACUUGAAUGGUUAUGUGGAGAACUUUGAACAUCCUGUUUCAGUUAGCCAAGUCACUGGCAAGCCUGCAAAGCACUUCGUAUGCACCCCAUCUCAGCUUCUAUCCACCAGGACCACCACCACUGGCUCCAAACUGCUAAAGCCUGAUGCCCAACUUGAACUAGGCCAAAUCUAUUUAAUGCUACCAUUCUCAGCAUUACAAGCUGAGAUUUCCCCUAUGGAUUUGGCCUGUGUAGUGAAGAAGCUAACCGCGGUAGCGAAAACUAGCCGGUGUGAGGCUAAAUCUCCCCGAGAUAGUCCCUUGGCGAGUCCAUAUGGCUCAACCCCUGUAUUGAAUUCACCAUCUAGAAGUCCUCACCGGUUUGUGGAGCCAGAGGCAGCCAUGACACCUUCCGAUACACAGAGGUCAUCUAGAGCUCGGUCUUGGAAGCCUAUAUUGAACACCAUUAGAGAGAAGUCGUUCAAUCGUGGAAGUGAGUCAGACUUGCAAGAAAAGCAUUCGGAGAUGGUCCAAUAG